AUGAAUAUUCAGAGAGAGGGUGGUAUGCUGCUAGGUUACCUUGGAAGUUUUAUGGCAAGAAAAAGGAAAGUGCAAAACAAGGACCAAUGCAAUGCCAAUAGCAGGGUGAGUUGGAGAGAGUGUGAGAGGUUAAAUGUUUCUCAUGACAGGAGGAGGGCAAGAAAUGGCAAGGUGAGGGCAAGGUUGGAAAAUGCAAGUGAGGUUUUAGGUUUAUUGGAGCAAGUGAGGUUAGGAUUGCAUCCAAGCCAGGCCAUGCUGUUGAAUGCUGCUCUAUGGUAUGGCAGGUUGGGAAGUGGCAAUGGACAGUUUGAUACUACACAUUCAAAGGGAAGAGGUCCACCUACUUUGCGACUUCAUGGUCAGACUUGUCAUCAAAUUGGAACUUUGCUUCCGGUACAAGGUCUUCCUCCGCAAUAUGCUAAACUGUAUAUAUUUGACACUGAGCACGAGGUCAAUAACAUAAUGGAUUGCUUCAGGGAGAAUAAAUUUGUUGAAAGAGAUGUUGUGACAAAAUUAAAGUCCAUGUUGGACGACUGUAACUUACAUGCUAAAGUGUUUAGGAUGUUAUUCAUACCAUUGAAUUUCAAACAAGGGUUACCACAUGCUCACAUUUUAAUUUUCAUUCACCCUCAAAACAAGUAUCCAACACUGUCCGACAUAGAUAACAUAAUUUGUGCUGAGAUUCCAUACCCUGAACUUCAUCCAAUGUUACACAACUUAGUCAAGGAACAUAUGAUCCAUGUUUCGUGUGGUCUUUCACGUGUAUCCUCGCCAUGUAUGAAGAAUAAAAAGCGUUCUAAAUACUUUCCCAAGAAGUUCAUCGAUGAUACAAUUGUUGAUGCUAAUGGUUUUCCAUUUUACAAAAGAAGAUCCAAUACACAUGUUAUUCACAAAAGUGGAACUGCUUUGGACAAUAGGCAUGUUAUUCCCUAUAAUACAACGUUGAUAUUGAAAUAUCAGGCGCAUAUCAAUAUGGAGUGGUGUAACCAAAGUACUUCAAUCAAAUAUAUUUUAAAAUACAUACACACGGGGUUCGACCGAAUAUCCGCAACUAUAGUUCCUUCAAUAUCCAAAACAUUGCAAGAUCAAGAGCUCGUUGAUGAAACCAAACAAUAUCUAGAUUGUAGUUAUGUUUCUCCAAGUGAAGCGUGUUGGUGA